CAUAGAUGAACAUGCAUGUGUUUAGAGCAUGGUAUUGGAAAGGGUAAGAGACUAACUUCCUACCCUUCCUUUAAGGAUGUAUUAUCCAAGGACUACAUCUAUACCCAGGCCCAGGUGGAGGUGGACGGAAGCUUGAUUACAAGCCAAGGACCUGGAACCUCAUUCUCAUUCGCUCUAAGACUGGUGGAGUUGUUGGUCGGGAAGGAGAAGGCAGAGGAAAUAUCCGCCGCAAUGCUACUGUAAACAUACGCAUAUCUGCCGAUAGCCGAUACCUUUCGUAGCUGAAUGCCAAUUUCUUAUUCGUCCUGGUGAUUUGUGCGUAUUUUUUUAAAGAAAAUCCAUAAAAAUAUUCUUCUUUUGUAGCUUCUUAUUUUCUAGUCAGGAGUCCAUUGUCACUGUAAACCACGGACGAGAACUUUAUUAUUAAGAAUCUCAUUUUUUGUAUUUCCCUCAACCUUUAAACCUUUAACGUUUCAAAUGAAACUCCUUGAUAAAUCCGCUAAAAUUGCAAGAAAAGUACUCAAACAUGUGGCUAAAAUGCAUAAGCUGUUUUCCCACUACUGCAUUCUUAUCCUCCAUGCAUGUAUUUUUUUAAACAAGUUUAAAUUAAUAAUGAUCCAGAUAUUCUUACAGUAAACGUAUGAAAAUAUUCUUUUAAUUACAUAUUUUGUGACCAUAAUAAGAGGGUAUAAUUUUAUAGUUUUGUGUGAUUGAUUGAUUUUAAAUUGAUCGAUUUCAGAUAAGAAAAUGAGCAUCUUUGCCGAGGUUUCCUUAGCUCCUCCGAUUGAAGUGUUUCAGCUCUCCAGGGACUUCCAAGCCGACACUAAUCCUAACAAAGUGGGACUUGGGGUUGGAGCAUAUAGGACGGAUGAGGGCAAACCAUGGAUCCUGCCGGUUGUGAAGAAGGCGGAAGCAAAGCUGGCGGAAAUGAUUGAGGCGGAGCAGAUAAACCAUGAAUAUCUGCCAGUCCUCGGAUUGGAAUCCUUCUCUGUAGCAGCGGCUAGGAUGCUAGUUGGUGAAGAGUCUCCUGCUCUUAAAGAAAACAGGAUAUUUGGGGUUCAGGCUCUUAGUGGAACAGGAGCUCUCAGGGUCGGAGCUGAGUUUCUGCAUACAAUUCUGAAGGCGGACACGGUGUACAACUCCGAUCCUACCUGGGGGAACCACAACCUUAUCUUCAAGAAUGCAGGGUUCAAGAACAUCAACAAGUAUAGAUACUGGGAUCCAGAGGGUAAGGGAUUGAACUUUCCUGGUUUAAUGGAGGAUCUCGGAGGUGCACCAGAGGGCGCAGUUGUCGUGCUUCAUGCUUGCGCGCACAAUCCUACAGGUGUGGAUUUGAACAAGGAGCAGUGGGGUCAACUUGCGGAUUUGAUUGAGAAGAAGAAACUGUUCCCAUUCUUCGACUGCGCGUAUCAAGGGUUUGCGUCAGGAUCUCUUGAUACUGACGCAUGGUCUGUCAGAUAUUUUGUUGAGCGUGGAUUUGAACUGUUCUGUUCUCAAUCCUUCUCUAAGAAUUUCGGAUUGUAUAAUGAGAGAGCUGGGAACUUGACUGUGGUUCUCAAGGAUUCAGCUAAUAUUGACAGUGUCAAGUCCCAGAUAACGCUGCUGGUCAGAGCAAUGUACUCUAAUCCUCCUGCUCAUGGAGCAAGGAUAGUUGAUCUUGUUCUUCAGGACCCUGCUCUGUAUGCUGAGUGGAGGGAUUGUAUCAGUAUCAUGGCAACCAGGAUCAUCAAGAUGAGAACAGGGUUGAGGGAGAGGUUGGAGAAACUUGGAACUCCCGGUUCCUGGAGUCACAUCACAGAACAGAUCGGUAUGUUCUCCUACACCGGGCUGAGCCCGGAGAUGUGUGAAUACUUGAAAACUGAGAAACAUCUUUACCUUCUCAAGUCAGGGAGGAUUUCAAUGUGUGGAUUGACCCCUGGAAACCUGGAUUAUGUUGCACAAUCUAUUCAUGAUGCUGUCACUAAGUUUCAAUGACAGCACACUCUAAACUACGAGAAUACAGGCCUAACGAAGAUCCUUCGUGUGGAGUUCUGAAGUUGCAAACUGUAGUGGACAAUAGACAAGUUCAUAGUAAUUUUAACUAGCAAAUUGUCAUGAAAAUCUUUCUUUCUUUUUACAAAUUUCCCUUUUUGGUGUAAAAUUCUCAUUUUUAAAGAUAAAUUAAAUAGAUCUUUUUUAUUUUCAUGGCUAUUUUUUUUUCUUUGAAAGGCCCAAUACCCCUCCGAUGUCCAAUACCAUGCAGUUAAAAAUAAAAAUUGUACAGUCGAAUUUAGUCCGGUGUAUUUAAUGCAUUUGUAUUUGCACAAAGAUAAUUAAUCCUGGUGACAUUUAUUCAUAGUUUUAUUGUAUUCUGCUUUUUCUGCUGAGCAUUUUUCUCUUGAACUUUAUUAUGUUUGUAAUUUUUAUACAAAAUUUACUUUUUCAUUUAAAUAAUUUCAAUUUUAUUUGUUUUCAUUUUGCUUUCAAUUCGCGUUAUGUUUUUUCGUACACGUUUAUUCUAUAGAUUUUUGAGUACUGUGUACAUCAUGUUGGAAUUUUUGAUUAUAUUAUAGAUUUUAUUUCUUCGGACAUGAUAUUAAAAAAGUGAUUAAUACACAAACAUUCAUGCGCUUUAAGGGAGAAAAAGCAUUUAAUGAUCCUCAUGGACAUGUAAUUAUUUUAUUCGCAAUAAAGAGUUUAAAUUAACCUUCA